ACUUCAACGACUAUAUCAAGUUUGUCAGGGUGGAAAUGUUGGACCACUUUGGGGAGGAGCAUUUCUGUCCACUUACUAUUUUUAAGGUGUUAGGUGUACUGGUGGAGUAUGACGCCUACAUGGGUCAGCAGAUUGACGACACUGCCUCAGACAUGGACUCUGCUAUGGUCAGUGAUGUAGAAGACCUGAACGGUGACUCAGAUGGACCGAAAAACCUCUUUGCCAGCGCUAAAGGUAACACAGUUUAUGUAGUAAUAGACCCCACAUCAGCUACUAGUGUAGUAAUAGACCCCACAUCAGCUACUAGUGUAGUAAUAGACCCCACAUCAGCUACUAGUGUAGUAAUAGACCCCACAUCAGCUACUAGUGUAGUAAUAGACCCCACAUCAGCUACUAGUGUAAUAAUAGACCCCACAUAACCACAUCAGCUACUAUAGUGUAGUAAUAGACCCCACAUCAGCUACUAGUAUAGUAAUUGACCCC